AUUUCAGGUCAGGAGCUCGGGUGGAGGAAUUGAACAAACUCAUCCAAGAAUUUACGAAGCACGACCAGCGGGAAUAUGACGACCAGAGAGCACUGGAGAUUCACACAGCUAAGGAUUUCAUCUUUUCCAUGUUGGCUCUUUUGUUAUCUUCAUUCCCCUGCUGAAGUUGGAUGAAGACUGGUUGUAUCCCUAUUGAACAGAUGCAGAACAGGGGUUACGCAGAAGCUAAAAGAACCAGGAAGAAACAAGCAGUCCAUAUACUUCCCCUUCAAUACAAAUGGAAUGGUGCAAAAGCUGGACCAAAAACUGCCAGUGGCCAAUGAGUACCUGCUGCUUUCUGGAGGAGUCCGAGAAGGUGUGGUAGACCUGGACUUAGAUGAGCUUAAUGUCUAUGCCCGAGGGACCGACUAUGAUAUGGACUUCACUCUCCUGGUGCCAGCCCUUAAGCUGCAUGACCGUAAUCAGCCUGUGACACUGGAUAUGCGCCACUCAGCCUUAUGUCACUCUUGGCUGAGCCUUCGGCUCUUCGACGAGGGGACGAUCAGUAAAUGGAAAGACUGCUGCACCAUCGUAGAUCACAUCAACGGUGCCACCAACUACUUUUUCUCUCCAACCAAAGUGGCUGACUGGUUCUAUGACUCCAUCAGCAUUGUCCUCUCAGAGAUACAGAAGAAACCCCAGAGAGGGAUGCCAAAGGUGGAAAAAGUGGAAAAGAAUGGGACCAUCAUCUCCAUCAUUCUGGGUGUGGGGAGCAGUCGCAUGUUGUAUGAUAUUGUCCCAGUGGUCUCCUUCAAAGGUUGGCCGGCAGUGGCCCAGAGCUGGCUCAUGGAGAACCACUUUUGGGAUGGGAAGAUCACUGAGGAAGAAGUCAUCAGUGGGUUUUACCUGGUGCCAGCUUGCUCCUACAAGGGAAAGAAAGACAAUGAGUGGCGGCUGUCCUUUGCCAGGAGUGAGGUGCAGUUGAAGAAGUGUAUCUCCAGCAGCCUCAUGCAGGCCUACCAGGCCUGCAAAGCCAUCAUCAUUAAACUCCUGUCCCGGCCCAAGGCUAUCAGCCCCUACCACCUGCGGAGCAUGAUGCUCUGGGCCUGCGACAGACUUCCGGCCAACUACUUGGCCCAAGAAGACUAUGCAGCCCACUUUUUGCUGGGCCUCAUUGAUGACCUGCAGCACUGUCUGGUCAACAAGAUGUGUCCCAAUUACUUCAUCCCUCAGUGCAACAUGCUGGAGCACCUGUCUGAGGAGACGGUCAUGCUCCACGCGCGGAAGCUCUCCUCGGUCCGCUCAGACCCAGCAGAGCACCUGCGCACAGCCAUCGAGCACGUCAAGGCAGCCACCCGGCUGACGCUGGAGCUCCAGAGGCGAGGGAGCGCCACCAGCAUCCCCUCCCCGCAGUCCGAUGGAGGGGACCCCAACCAGCCCGAUGACCGUCUGGCCAAAAAACUGCAGCAGCUAGUGACUGAGAAUCCGGGGAAGUCCAUCUCUGUCUUCAUUAACCCUGAUGAUGUCACAAGGCCCCAUUUCAGAAUUGAUGACAAAUUUUUCUGAGCAUUUUUGCUGCCUUUUUUUUUUUUGCUCUGGUUCUAAAACUCUCAUAAUAUGUAGUGUGGUUUGUGAUGCCGUCUUUCAGGGUUGUUUUUUUUUUUUUACAUAUCCAGCCUGGAUUGGAUCUGUUAAGAACACAUCUUAAGUUUCCUGGUUCUGCAGGAUGGUGCAGACUCUGAAACAGUAUAUUACUAUUUCAUAUUCUGCCUCUGAUUUUGCUGUUUACUUUUUAUAGUUAUUGUUUUGUUUUGGUGUUUGGUGUUUGUUUUUUUUUUUAAGGAGAACUUGAGCCAUAGAUGAAAUGCCCAUGAAUUAUCUCCCUUCUUUCUGUUUCAUACUUUGUGCAAAAUUGCUAGUGGGAGUGGGAAAUCUCUCUUCCUUAUACUUCAGGAUUCUAUGUUUUAUUUUGCUUUUCUUUGUGUUUAUUUUUUUUAAUGAGUGUUCAUCACUACAGAUAUUUGAAAAUCAUCUGAAUCUGGAAACUACCUGGUACGUUAGCUGGAUUUGUCGAUACUUUUUUCGACCAGUGGCCAGGGUAAUUUCUCCCUCUCUGCCAAACAAUGUAGACUUUGAAAGUCAUAAUGCUACAAAUUAUGUUUGGAGCAACUUCAUUGAAUGUAAUUGUCCUCAAAUCAGAACUUUGGAUGGUUUGGAAGGGUGUCUUUGACAACUUUCCAAGUAGAAUUAAGGUUUCCAAAUGGUAGUUUUAGUGUGUGUAAUUAUUUGAAGCCUUAUUUAAAUCCUGUUAAUGAACAUACCAUUACAAUUGUUAUUUGCACUAAUGAAAUCUUUGCCAUUGUCAGAGUUCCAAUGCGUGUGUUUCAGUAUAAAUUGACAUCUACUGUUGAAAUGCUAUCAUUUCUUCAUUUAGCUCAUUUCUCUUAAUCAAUAGAAUGAUUCUUUGUGUUUGUUUAGUUCUCCUUUAUGUGGGUUCCUAUUUUGUCCUCUUUGAAUUUCCUGGUUCCUGUCUUACCGAGGGAAGUUUUUCAAGCUUUAUACCUGCUGAGUGACUUUAUCUGAAGCUGGGGAAAAUGUAUGAUUGAUAAAGUAGUUGUCUUUGUAUGUAUAGUUGAUCCUUGAACAACACAGGUUUAAACUGCGUGGAUUCACUUAUAUGCAGAUUUUUUUUCACUAAAUGUGUUAGUUGAAUGUAUGGGUUUGGAACCAUGAAUAGAAGGUCCACUAUAAAGUAUAUAUAUGGAUAUUCGACCUCACAAGGUCAGUGUUCCUAACUCCCACAUUAUUCAAGGGUCAACCAUAUUUCUUUUGACAUUAUAGGGUUAAGCUUUUUUGUAGAGUCUCUUUGGUUCUUCUGAGAGUUUUGAGAAAAACUGGAAGGAAAAAUGAAUAUUAAUCCCCAAAUAGAAGAUGCCAUGCCAAUUCAAAAGCAGAUUUUGCCAUAGAGCAGGAACCAGGAAAUAACUGGGUGGAAGCCUUGGUGUAGAGGUGUCCUGUCUUUAAGAAUGAAAGUACUUGCCAGGUUUAGGUGCUGCAAGGCACCGGCUCCUUGUUUUGGUAUGGACUCAUUUCAAACUGUAGUGUUUGGGAGGCCAGGGGCCUGCCCAUCUCUCAAAGGAUUACUGUGCUGUCUACUGUUGGAAAGGUCAAGCAACACUUUGAUCUUGAAUGUCCAGUCUCACGGGGUAGAUUUUGGCCAAUUGAAAUCAGGCAUAUGCAGUCUUGGUUUUUGCAUGGGAAUUAUUGUAAUGCUUAUGAAUGAAAAUGAAAUCAUUCAACCAUCUUAAAUCAAACAAAAGUAAUAAUAAAAGAAACAUACUGGCCUUGGA